AAUCCCUCUGAAUGUGCUAACUGAAAGGCUCUUUAGCAAUAUCCUUUUCAUUCCCAAAGACCAAAAGGGUAAUGUCGGGAUCGCGCUUAUGUCCUUCCGGUCUCAGAAAGACUACACCCUAGCUGCCACUGAGUUGAACAAAAGGAAAAUCAAUGGCAGGCUCAUGUCUGUGGUGGAUGCAGGUGCAUUACCUGUGACGAAGCCAGAUACCACUCAAGCAGUGCAUAACGGCGACCAGUUCAAGCUUACUCCGGAUCAGAUGAAUAGAAUCAGCAAUAAGGAGAAGAACCGCUCCGAGCAGAUCAACAACCGCAAGAGUGGCAAGGGCUCGCCGUUUCUCACUGCGUUGGACAAUUCGACCUUGGUCUACAUAACCCUCUAUGAUUUCCCCUUCGCACUCACUGCAGGAGGCACUGCCAAAGCCGCAGAAGUAGUCUUGACGUCCAUAGUUUACGGCGCGAAGAAAGGGUUGGCGAAUUUCCGGUUCUGGGCCGGACCAUAUUUCUUGGCCGCAUAUCGGGACCUGGAAUCUGCCCAAGACGCGAUGCGCGCACUCCAUGGCCACGCCAUCAUUGGGAACGACAACGUCACAUAUGGCACGCUCAGCAUCGAAACCGGGCCAGUGAACAGAGAGAAGAGGGAAGCCCUGCUUGCUGAGGUUCGGAACGGCAGCUGGAACUCCGUACUUCCGACAGGGUUCUGCGACAGACUGUUUGUGAAACACGUUAUGGACGGUCUCAAAUCUGGGUCUCUUAAGCCACAGGAUUAUGAUGGUUUCUACGACAAGAGGCACCACUAUGUCGGCCCUGCCAUUGAUCCACGCCCUGUCAUUGCUCCACGCCCUCCUUUGGUGCCCGAAUCCUUCAGCACGAGCGAGCCACUGAGCUUUGUUGACGCAACCUCCAACACUUUUGUCCAACGACCGACAACAUCAGGGACACCUUUCGACUCUCAUGCCGAUUCCCCACAUGUCCCAGCUCCUCAGAGCCCUGGACAAGUCCAGUCAUCUUUACAGGCAACCCAUACAUGGCCGCCGGCUGGCACGUCGAAGUCCAUGCGGAUUCCAUCCACACAUCCAAUUCCAAAUCGACCUCCACGGUCUACACAUGACGAGCGGCCAGGUCUUUAUGGCAGUUUCCUUCGAAAUAAAGGAGGGGAGAAUCGUGGAGUUAAGCGGAAGGCGGAUGACUAUGAUAUAGCAGAGUCCACGAAAUCGCUUAGGUUGGAGGAGUCGGAUGAAACUGAGCAAUUGAGCUGGAGAGAGCUGUAGUACGGCAAACGCCGAAUAUUUUGAUACAUGGGAUGAUGAGUGCCAGCAAUGUACCAGACAUUGAUAACACUUGCUAAUGUUAUUCUGAGAUGAGGGUUCCAUCGGUCUCUUCCUAGCGAUGGACUACGUGGAAGUGGGU